GCGUCAAAAUAGCCGUUAAGAGAGAGAGAGAGUCUGGUCUCCACAUUCGAAAGCCUUCCAUCGGAGAUAUGGAUACGACGACGGAGGAGCAAACCGCCGGUUCCGCGAAGACGAUGAUAGAUGAGACUUAUGAUUUCACGGCUCCACAAUGGUACAAUUUAGAAAACGAAGAGACGAAACUGGAUGAACAACGAUCGGAGCUCUGGUUCGAAUCAGCUACAAGUUAUGAUUCUUCUCCUUCGAUUCCCAUUAUCAAAGCGAGGAGAUCAUUUAAGGUUGAGAGCAUGUGCCAAGUAGAAGAAGAAUCAACACAGUUGAAAGCUAAAGGAUCAUCUGAUGAACAAGUAGCUUCAGAUAUUUUCUCGAAUCCCACAAACAAACAAGGAGAAUGCUCAUUUAAGAAGGAGAAUAAUCAAAACAACAACACUAGCACAGAUACUCAAGGACACGACAGUUUCCUAGACGAUGUUAUUGAGCAAGAUAACAAGGAGAACAUCCCUCCACCACAAACUGAAGUAUCUAUAAUGACCAACACUAAGCUGCAUCUAAAUUCUACAAAGAAUCGGUCUGUGCUGAUGCCUAUAAAACAGCCACAAGCUAGAGGCGCUAAUCAAAAAACCAUAAAGAGGGAAACGAAUGUUAAGAAAACAGCUGGAACUUCCAAAAUGGCUCAGGAAAAUCAAGCCAUAAAAAGGCAAAAGCUUGAUGGAGGUAAAUCCAAACAGAUUCUCAAUCCAAGACCCAUAACUUUGCCUCACAAGACGAAACAAGGUCUUGUUAACACGAGCUUCAACUUAUGCCCUUCAAUCACUAAGAAAACCGGGACAGAGAACAGAAAGGUUUACGUCCGAGAGCAAGUUACCCCAUUUGUAUCAACUGCUGAAUUGAUGAAGAAGUUCCAAACAAGUACAAGAGACUUGUCACUGCCUCAUGUACAGAACCAAUCUAGGCCGAUGACACUUACAAGGCUGAACGAACCAGAGUUUGCGACAUCUCAGCGAACUCGUCCUGUGAGACUUAAAAGCACUUCAGAGCUUGAGGAAGAGAUGCUAGCAAAGAUUCCUAAGUUUAAAGCACGACCUUUGAAUAAGAAGAUUUUAGAAGCUCCAGCUUUGAGCGCACCACAAAGAAGCAUACCGCAUUUUCCAGUGUUUAAGGAGUUCCAUCUCAAGACAAUGGCACGGGCUAGCCAGCAUGCAGAGACAUCUUCAGUAGUCUCAACGGAAAUGUCUAAGCAUAAUAAUGGGAGGCCUCAUAUCACUGAACCAAAGAGCCCUUUGCUUCAAACAAUGCUGAGAGCUCGUCCUAUCAAAGCAAAAACUUCUACUGAAAUUGAACAUGAGGAGCUCAAGAAGGUGCCAAAAUUCAGGGCAAGACCUUUUAAUAAAAAGAUAUUCGAAAGUAAAGGAGAGAUGGGAAUAUUUUGCAACACAAAAAAGCAUGUGACCAUACCUCAAGAGUUCCAUUUCCUGACAGAUGAAAGGAUUUCACAGCCUAACUCUGUUAUAGAUCUAUUCGACAAGCUCUCUUUGUACUCUGAAUCUUGCCGUGAAAGGCCUCUACAAAGGACCACUACACCAAACCCUUUCCUUCUGAGGACAGAAGAACGAGGUGCUGAAAAAGAAAAGAAGUUUGUGAGACAAGUCAUACAUAAGCAGACAGACGCUGAAAAGGCCAGAACACCCAAAGCAACCCCAUAUCCCUACACAACAGACUAUCCUGUGUUCCCACCAAAACCAGAGUCUAAGCAAUGCACAAAACCAGAACCGUUCAAGUUAGAGAGUGUAGCUAGGCACGAAGAGGAAAUGCGGAAAGAAAUGGAGGAGAGGAUGAGAAUGGAGAGAGAAGAAGCCCAAAGAAGAGUGUUCAGAGCACAGCCAGUGAUAACAGAAGAUCCAAUUCUUCCUGUUCCGGAGAAAGCACGAAAGCCUCUCACAGCAAUUCAGGAGUUCAAUCUCCAUGUGGACGAUCGGGCUGUCGAAAGGGCAGACUUUGACCAUAAAAUCAAAGAGAAGGAGAUGAUGUACAAGAGAUACCGCGAAGAGACUGAAGCCGCAAAAAUGGUAGAGGAAGAGAGAGCUCUUAAGCAACUGAGAAGGACAAUGGUUCCUCAAGCCAGACCAGUGCCAAAUUUCAAACCUUUUUUACCUCAGAAGUCAAACAAGGAGACGACAGAACCGAAGUCACCGAAGCUUAAAGUGACUAGAAGAAUGGAGAGGAGAACAAUGAUGGCUUCUUCUUCUACUUGCAUGAGAUAGAUAGCUUAUAUGAAGUAAAAAGAUUACGCAUCAAGUUUAACCCGACUGAGUUGGGCGAGUGGUUAGAAUUUCGUGGUUGAGGUGCCCAUGGUGCCAAUACGCCCGGGUUCGAAGCCUCACGCUGCAAACAAUUCUCUCGGGCCACUGGGGCAUUAUUACAUGGAGCUCGUCAGCGCCAGGAGGGGGAUUAGUCCUUUGGGCCUAGAAAGCCUUUGGGGAAACCCUGAAUUCCUUAAAAUUCAAAAAAAAAAAAAAAAAAA